CUUGCCUUAUUCAUAGGUCUACCUGUGUGUUUCAUCAGUACUGUUCUGUUUACAUUUUGACUUGAGUCAUUAUUUCAUGAGAUCUUAUACCUAUGAAAAAAGUAGGCCCAAUUGUUUUCUCUAAGAACUAUAGCUAGAUCAAACAGACGGUGAUUAAAAAUACAGGAUCCGGUCUCUCCGAUUGUACAAGACUGCCUACGAGAGUUUGACGAUAAUGACACGCAGAUGGUACCGCGGAAGACGCCUUCCCUCUAUCGUUAUCUCGACGAUGAUGGCACUAUGCUACGUCUGCGUCAGACUAUAUGUAUUGCAGCAGUCCCAUGUUCCUGAUAAACAACCACCAGCAAAAAAGAAACCGAUUGUCUCCGAACAAACUCGUUUGACGACACAACCGUCGAUAUCACCAGAGCAAUUCAACAUCCGUUACAAACUCAACAUAUCUAAUGACGGGCCACUCGUCCUCAUUACGAGCAACAAAGCGUUCAUGGACUUUGCCGAGAACUGGUUAGAGAGUGUCCACCGUCUGGAAAGUCGUCUAAAUAUUUUUGCCAUCGCGGAAGACAUGGUGGCGUAUAGGACUUUCUUGAGGUAUCCUGACGUUACGACGGUUAUGACACAGAGAGCUGUAUCGCCGCAGAAGAGGUUGGCCUAUCUCUCACAUGAUUACAACGUCCUCAUCAACAAGCGACCGGUGUACAUCUAUCGGCUGCUAGCAAAGGGCAGGGAUGUGCUAUUCAGUGACGUGGACACCGUUUGGUUGAAAGAUCCUCUCCCGCACCUCGAUGGCGACUACGACGUCGUGCUUCAGGUAGAUUUACGAGUACCGAAGGUUGUCUAUUGCGCUGGGUUUAUCUUCUUUCGCGCAACCAAUGCAUCGCGAGCGUUUGUCUGGGAGUGGAUAGACCGAAUUCAUAAGGCAAGGGAUAACAUUCCCGAUCAGAAAAUACUGAACGAACUCCUGGAAGAGAACUUUGGGGAUCUGAGAGUUAAGGUUCUUGAUUCGGCUCUUUUCCCGAAUGGAGCGCUUUAUUUUGAUGAUAAGUGGAGGAGGACACAGACCGUGAAGCCCGUGAUUGUGCAUAAUAAUUGGAUUGAAGAUCAUGACGAGAAAGUACUUCGAUUUAAGAGCCAUGGGUUCUGGUUUAUAUGAAAUGAAUUGUCAUCCAUCCGGCAAAGAAUGUAAUCCAUGUAAUAAAUCUGAAAUAAGCAAUAUUGUG